AUGCCGCCCCGCCGAGAGCCCGAGGUGCCAGCCUAUGUUCAGCAGAUGAUGGAAGCACAGGCCCAGCUGAUGCAAGUAGUGACUCAAACCAUAGCCCAGCUGAACAACAACCUGCAGAACAAUAACAACAAUCCACCACCCCCGCCACCGCCACCUCCGCCACAGCAGGACCGUCUGACUAGGUUCCUGAGGUUGAACCCUCCCACAUUCUCCAAUUCUCCUGAGCCAAUCGUAGCUGAUGACUGGCUGCGUACAAUUAACAAGAAAUUGGACACCAUUCAAGCACAUGGGGAAGAGAAGGUGCGGUUCGCCGCACAUCAGCUUGAAGGACCCGCAGCUGAAUGGUGGGACAACUACCAGAUCACCUACCCUGACAUCGCAACCAUCACUUGGGAUCAGUUUCAGAAUGCUUUCCGCACUGCUCAUGUUGCUUCUGGAGUCAUUGCUCUGAAGAGGCGCGAGUUUCGUGACUUGCGCCAGGGAUCUCGCUCCUUGUCUGACUAUGCUGAGCUCUUCAACAAGUUGGCUCGUUAUGCACCUGAAGAUGUGAACACUGAUAGGAAGAGGUACGCCAAUUACCAGGAGUUGUAUGACAGCGCAGUGGCAGUUGAGUCCAAGCACAACAGUAUGGAGAACCGGAAGAGAAAGCACGGAUAUGACAAGUAUGGAUCAGGACCAGCUCACAAGAUGCGGUCAUAUGGAGAAGGUAGUGGAAGUUCUGGCCAUCACAAGUAUGGUGGCAAUGAUGGUGGAAGCAAGCACCACCACAAUGGUCACAAGAAUCACCACCACAACAACUCUUGGAAGAGUAAUGGCAACCAUCAUGGAAAUGGCAAUGUCCACAACAACGGCAAUGGCCACGAUAACAACAAUGGUCAUCGCUUUGUGAAGAAGGACCUCAGCCAGGUGGAGUGCUUCAAGUGCAGGAAGACAGGACACUUUGCCAAUGACUGCCCUGAGAAGAAGGCUGAGGAAGCAAGGAAGGUUGUGGAUGCGAGCAAGCCGAACCCGUUCCGGAAGGGGCAUGCCAACCAUGUCAAUGUUGAGGAGAUCUAUGAUGAGCCGGACGCAGUGAUCGGUACGUUCAUGCUCAAUUGCUUUUCAGCACUUGUUCUAUUUGAUACUGGUGCAUCGCAUUCUUUCAUAUCAAGAGCAUUUGUGGUUAAGAAUAAUCUUCCCACUGAAACAACGGGAUGCCCUCUUAGAGUAAGCUCUCCAGGGGGAGAGAUGUUAGUAACUGAUGGAUGUAGAAAUUUGACCCUGCAAAUUGGAAAACAUAAGUUCCCAGCCAACUUAGUAGUCCUACCAUCCCAAGGUCAAGAUGUAAUCUUGGGCAUGGAUUGGAUGACCACUUAUGGAGGCAUAAUAGAUUGUGCAAAGAGAUCAAUUACACUCACAACCCCAGAAAUGAAGAGGAUUCGUUUCAAUUCAACCUUUGAGCUUAAAAGUAGUAAGGUCAACUCUCUUAAGGGGGUUAGCAUGGAGACUGUGCUCGUUGUGAGAGAAUACCCGGACGUGUUCCCAGAAGAGUUGCCAGGAAUGCCACCGGACAGAGAAGUUGAGUUUCUUAUUGAACUGUUGCCUGGAACUGGACCAAUAGCCAAGAGACCAUACAAGAUGGAUGUGGAGGAAUUGAAGGAGUUGAAGAAGCAGCUUAAGGAACAGUUGGAAAAGGGUUUUAUCCGACCUAGUUCAUCGUCAUGGGGAGCCCCUGUUUUGUUUGUGAUGAAGAAAGAUUCUAGCAAGAGAUUGGUAAUGGAUUAUCGAUCACUCAAUGAAGUCACUAUCAAGAACAAGUACCCGUUGCCCAAUAUCAACGACCUAUUUGACCAACUGAAGGGAGCAAAGGUGUUCUCCAAAAUUGAUCUUCGAUCGGGCUACUUCCAAAUGAAGAUCAGAGAGCAAGACAUACCUAAGACCGCAUUCACUACUAGAUACGGGAAGGCUAACGUUGUAGCCGAUGCGCUGAGCCGUAAGAGCUAUGUAAAUGGCCUCAUUGCUGGAGAAUUACCCGAGGAACUGUGUGAACAAUUUAAGGACCUCAGACUAGAGGUUGUGCCAAAAGGUUAUUUGGCAUCACUUGAAGUUCAGCCAACACUAAUGGACAGAAUUAGAGAAGCUCAAAAGUUAGACAAAGAAAUAGAGGAGAUUAAGGUCAAUAUGAGCGAAGGCAGAGCAAAAGGAUUUCAUGCAGAUGAACAAGGAACCAUAUGGUUUGAGAAGCGUAUCUGUGUACCCCAGGACCCGAGCUUAGGAAGUUGA